AUGUCGACUCCCACAACGGCCACAGCGACAUUGCCUCCUCAUUCGCAUUACCAUCAUCCCCAUUAUCCCUACUCACAUCAGCCGUACCAGGCCUCUACUGCUACCGGCUCUUCGUACCGACAGCCAGCGAACCCAAUCCUCUCAACUUCCUCAUCCACAGCAACGACGAGAUUGCCUCCCGCAUACGCCAACUCGUCGAGCAUCGCCUAUUCUGCAACCUCUACUGCGAGUCACGCCGGCCCAAAUGGCCUAGGCCCUUCAGCCUCGUCAGCCAGCUCGAGGACCAUUCACGACGUCUCGAGUCCCGACGCGAACUACUCGCUCACCACCAACUCCACCAUGCCUGCCACCAGCUCCCUCUCCCAGUCCUCUCAGUCCGCUCGCAAGCGAAGACGAUCAAAGGAGCCUGACUGGAACAAAUUUUAUAAGAAUGGCCUGCCCAAGGAAAUCAUCGUCAUCGAUGAUACCCCAGAGCCAGAGCAGGGCAAAGCCGUCGGCAACGGCGUAAGGGUCGUCUCCAAUGGUAACGGCAGCGUGAACGGCGCCACCACAAAUGGUCCCAGCAGCCGACCUGUUCCCAAGAAGAGGAAAAGAGACGACGAGCCUCAGCACUAUGAUCCCGUCUAUCACAACAAGUACGCCGGUUCUCACACUACCACUCCUCACCACAACGGCACCCCCAGCGGAUCGACCAUAUCAACCGACCGCACUACAAACUCCGCCAUCCACACCACCGCUGCCACGUCCCUCUCUUCAAAUGGACACGAGUACUACGAUGCUCAACCUGGUCAGAAGCGUAAGAGAACUCGUCAACAGAUUGCCCAAGAGGCAAAGAAGAGAGAGGUCGAGGGCCUCGGCGAUCCAUUCCUUACCUACAAGCCGCCUCCUUACCCUCCCAAGAAAGCGCCCGACGUUCACGUUCGGUUGGUUCAGGAUCAGGGUUACAACAAGAAUGCCAAAGUCGACGAUGAUGAUGGACACUACAUUGUCGUUCCUGACGCCGACCUUACGGAUAAGUACCAGAUGGUGAAGCUACUCGGGCAAGGGACGUUUGGCAAAGUCGUUCAGGCUCGAGACCGUAAGAGAAACAAGUCGGUGGCCAUCAAAAUUAUUCGAUCUGUCCAAAAAUACCGAGAUGCCUCGCGAAUAGAACUCCGAGUUCUCGCAACACUCAAGGCCAACGAUGACGAAAACCGCAAUCGCUGUAUCCACCUCAGGGACUGUUUCGACUACCGCGGCCACAUUUGCAUCGUCAUGGACCUUCUUGGCCAAAGCGUUUUUGAUUUCCUCAAGAGCAACAGUUUCGUCCCCUUCCCCAACAGCCAGAUUCAGAGCUUUGCUCGACAGCUCUUCACCAGCGUUGCCUUCUUGCACGAUCUCAACCUCAUCCACACUGAUCUGAAGCCUGAGAACAUUCUUUUGUGCGACAGCGCCUACCAGACCUUUACCUACAACCGAAAGAUACCCUCCUCUUCUACAACCGUCAACCGGCAGGCGAAUCAGCGCAGAGUCCUGCUCGACACGGAAAUUCGCUUGAUUGAUUUCGGCAGUGCCACUUUCCAAGACGAAUACCACAGCUCCGUCGUCAGUACCCGUCAUUACCGAGCGCCAGAAAUCAUUUUGGGACUUGGGUGGUCAUUUCCCUGCGACAUCUGGAGCAUAGGAUGCAUAUUAGUCGAGUUCUUCACCGGCGAUGCUCUUUUCCAAACACACGACAACCUCGAGCACCUCGCAAUGAUGGAAAUGGUCGUCGGGCAAAGGAUAGACUCCAGCCUCGUCCAAGCUGUGAACAAGAUGGCUACUAGAAGUGGUGGAAACCCCGCCUCGAAAUACUUCAAGCGCUUGAAACUUGACUAUCCUACACCCGAGACAACACGAGCUUCCAAGAGAUUCGUCAAGGCUAUGAGACGAUUGGAGGAUAUCAUCCCGUCGAACUCAACCUACUUCAAGAACUUCCUGGACCUCCUUCGGAAGAUCUUUGUCUACGAUCCCCAGCAUCGCAUUACAGCGAAGCAGGCAUUGCAACAUCCUUGGUUCAAGGAACCAGCGACACCGGACGAUGGUACGGAAGCGGCCAAGAUCCGCCUAGAGCGAAUGAGACAGGAGGGGGAUCACCGAUACCACGCAUGA